GGCACGCUCUUCGAGGCUAAGUUCCUCAAACAUUGAGGUUGAUGUCAGAGAUUGCUGCGUUGCUCACGAUGAAGGUCUAUGGCUGGAUAGCAGUGGCGGGAUGGCUCGUUCAGGCUCAACAAGGGUCCCCUCCCAUGGUGCACGUGUCUGAAGGGGAGACGGUGGAGCUCAACUGCACUCACGUCUCUGAACUCCCGGUCCUGUGGCAAAGAUACCUGGGAGGGAGCCUGAUCUCCCUGCUGGACCACAACGAGGACGGACACUUCAGCCUGGCCGCGGACAACAGCUCUCUGACGGUGCAGCGGGCGCGAAAAAAGCACAGCGGCAUGUACCUCUGCCAGAGUAGGAAUGCAGCGUACCUCACGGUGGAUACGACCCUUCAGGAGGACCAACCAGGAUCCUCGGAGGAAGAUGAGGCGGAGGAUACGACCACACCAGUACUGGGAUCUGCUCACUACUGGAGGAUCCCGGUGGGCGUGGCGGUGGGCAUGGCACUGGGCCUGGCACUGGGCGCGGCCCUGGUCCUUCUGAUUCAUAGGAAGCAUCGUUUCAGGAAAACGCUUCAGAACCACAGGAGCGACCCUACACCCGACCCCGUCAUGACCUCUGACCCGACCUCUGACGGGCUGUAUGAAGAGAUCCCGGACCAAGGCGACGUCCUGCGACGGGAAUCUGGCGGAGGAAACGUUUAUCAGCUGGCCUAUGCCCCGCCCCACGGUAACCAGCUCUACGCCACUGUUAAUAAACCCAGGAGCGCUAGCCCGCAGCGCUAGGAAACUACGCUAGCCUCUGCUGCUCUCUAUUGGAGAGAAUUCUGACCAAUCACAUCCCUCCUGUGGGGAAAAUUAUAAUGUUGUAAUGUUUCAGAUAUCUGGUAUUUUGUGUGGGUGAUUAUGAGUGACUUUCAUCAAUUAAUAUAAUGUUCUGAAUAAAUGUUCUGUAACCGUAGAAAAAUACA